AUGGAGGGGACCGAGGAGGUUUCAUCUAAUUUUCAGGAGAAUGUCACUUCAGGGGUGGAAGAGGACCCGAUAGAAAAUGAGACCUUUGUUGCAGAAACAAAAUCCGUUCCGAUUGGUGCUAGUCAAUCAGACGAUCAAAGAGAUGUCAUCGUUCUCGACGGAAUAGACUUCUAUAACGAGUACGGUCGAAUUAAGGGGUUUUCCAUACGGCGGUUGAAGGUAGGGCGCUGCAAGAAGGCAGGAUCUGAGGGCGACAUUAUAUGGCAAAUUUUUGUAUGCUCGCGACAAGGUGAACGAGAUGCAAAGCAUGUUCACAGAAAUGAUAGGAAGAUGGAUCCUAGACAAGUAACGCGAUGCGGGUGUAAUGCGCGGAUAAAAGUUCAUGUUCACUCGAGGAACGGGAGAUGGUAUGUUGACUUCUUCUCCGAUGAACAUAACCAUGACAUGUUAGAGGCAAGGUUUAGGGGAAUGAUGCGGUCUCACCGGGCAAUAAAAAUGGGGGAUUUACACCAGAUUAAUACUAUGAGAAGCUCUGGCCUUCGAGUUUCGACAAUAUUUCGGGCUUUUGCAAACCAAAGUGGUGGAUUCGAGAUGGUUGGGUUUCAGGUGAAAGACAUCUAUAAUGCAAUUGAGAAGCAAAAAAGAGCUGGAGCAAGUGACACGGAUAAUGCACUCAAGUAUUUACAAAUGUUGAAGAGGCGUGACCCCUGUAUAUUUUGGAAGUAUUCGUUGGAUGAACAAUGGAGGCUUCACAAUAUAUUUUGGUGUGAUGGCGCAAGUCAGUAUGAUUUCAAUGUUUUCGGAGAUGUUAUGGGGUUUGAUACAACAUACUGGAGGAAUAAGUACAAAUGUCCCCUUGUGAUAUUCUCUGGCAUGGAUCACCACAUGCGCACUGUUGUGUUUGGAUGCGCAGUUCUCUCAAAGGAAGGGGAGGAAAGCUAUGUGUGGUUCCUUUGGGCAUUUUUGGAGGCCAUGAAAGGAAAGGCUCCUAAGUCCGUUAUUACCGACGGUGAUCAAGCCAUGAAGAGUGCAAUCAAAGCUGUAUUUCCAGAAGCACAUCAUAGAUUGUGCAGCUGGCACUUGCUACGCAAUGCGACCACUCGAGUAGGUAUUCCACGGUUUAUGACCAAGUUUCGUCUUUGUUUAAUAGGGGAUUUGGAGGUCGAUGACUGA